AUGUUCAACCGGCGGGGCUCUGUGAUCGCGGUCGUCAUCGGGGGCUCCACCCAAGAUGUCCUCCCCAACACUUCCGGUAGCCUUUCCGGCCCUUCCGGAGUCCACCAGGAGCAUCCCUCUACGGCUUCUGACCCUGAGACGCACAAUCGCGGAGCCGUGGACAGGCCGACCCCGACGGCGCCGGGCGACUGGCGACCCGUCUACCCUCGAUUGGUCUCCCACCAUGACUGUAUAACGCUGGCUUCAUCGUGGGGCCUUGGGCAACCGCCGCCUUGGAUUGAGCACAGAGCUACAGGCGCCAGCCAAGCCCAAAGCCCGACCGAAGACGACCUCGGCGACGGAAAAAGCAACGAUCUGCUCCUCAGCUGCCCGGCAUUCAGAAACGAGCUUGGCGUCGAGCCGGUCCGACGAAUAGCCCUGUCGAGGGCUACUCGAGACAUGGUGGUGGAUGUGAGGAGUACGGAGACGUGGCACAGAGAACACACAGCCGCUGAAGCUCAUAUCCUGGAGGACGUCUCGAAUGUGUAUCUGGGAGGCAGAUUAUGCGCGGCGAGACAACCGAAAUGCGUCAUAGAACCUCAAGACAUUGGCAGCUACUACUAUCGGCACUGUUUCGCGGGAAGACAACACGUCGAAUACGUCGGGAUGACAGAAGACCUGGGCCCAGUGGUCGUCUCCGUGGUCAAAGAUCUCUCCGAAAAGAGCAGAUUGGCCAGUGUUCAGCCACAAACUACAAACAACGGCUGUGCGAGCGCUCAACAGCAACAGGGACAGCAGAAGGACAUCAAGGGACCGAAGCAGAUCGUCUACCGGAUGAUCAUCAGGAUUGGAGACCUCAAAACCCUGCGAGUAGCCGUCCCGGAAGAGAUACUCCCCGAACCAAAAGAAGGAGCCGAGCGCUCGAAUCGAGUGCUUUUCAGAGACCUCCUCGAGAUCGUGGCCCCGCAGCUGCACUUCCCGGCGUUGAGGCCGGCGCUUCAGACGCAGAAAUUCGAGGAGUUGUUGACAAAAAUCGAUGAGCAACCGAUUUAUGCGAGAUAUAAGGUCGGAGUGAUGCUUUGCGCCGACGGGCAGAGCACCGAGGAACAAAUGUACAACAACGAGCACAGCUCACCGGCUUUCGAUGAAUUUUUGGAAUUUUUGGGGCAACGAGUGAGGUUGAAGGGAUUCGAUCAAUAUAAGGGUGGUCUCGACACGAAAGGGGACACCACCGGCACUCACUCUGUGUACGCUGAGUAUGAAUCCCAUGAGCUGAUGUUCCACGUCUCCACCCUGCUACCGUACACCCCAUCGAAUAGACAGCAGCUGGCCCGGAAACGGCAUAUUGGGAACGAUAUGGUGACCGUCGUCUUUCAGGAGGCGGGCGCCCUCCCCUUCUCCCCCCUAACCGUCCGCUCCCACUUCCAACACGUCUUCAUCGUCGUCCGCGUCGCCAACCCUUGUACAGAGAAUGUUUCCUACAGCGUGGCGGUCUGUCGAUGCAGAGACGUGCCUCCGUUUGGACCACCAAUCCCACGAGGAGCCACUUUCAACAAAUGCGCCUAUUUUCAUGACUGGCUGAUCACGAAGAUAAUCAACGCCGAGAACGCCGUGCACCGCAGCAAGAAGUUCGCGGCGAUGGCGGCGCGUACACGCCGCGAAGCGCUGCGAGAUCUGGUCGAGAAUCAUGGAGGCGCGCAUCCGAAUGAGGGUCCCGCGCGGAUAGCCAGUCGUCUCCUUGGGGGGUCGGUGAAGUCGAAGCGGGAGAGGACGAAUCCGUUGAAAGCCACUUUGUUAUCCCCGCUUCGCGGCGCCGUCUCCUGGCUGGUCGACGUGCACGACUUCUCGAUGAACCAGCGUGUCAGCUGCGUGCUGGGCCUCUCCUAUGACGCGCUGGUGCUGAUCGAGCGGCCGAGCGGGACGCCAAUUUUCAUCACCCCCACGCAUUCGAUUAUCGGCUGGGCGAACACGGAGAUGGGCUUGAAAAUCUACUACGACCAUGGUGACAUGCUUCUGAUGAGGUGCGUAGCGUCGUCCGAAAGCUCCGAUGCUGAGCUCCAAACGCUGCUCGAAAGACUCAACAAUGUUUCGAAAGGCGAUGAAGCCCGCGAAGUCGUCGUCAGGCGGGGACGCCACGGGGAAAGCUGGGGAUUCCAUAUCCAGGAUGAGGGUGUAGUCACUGACGUGGAGAUGUACCAUACGGCUUGGAAAGCGGGGUUGAGGCAGGGCAGUCGGAUCGUUGAGAUCGAGGGCCAGAGCCUGUCGACGCUUCCGAUGGACCGGAUGUGUGAGCUGCUGAGCCCGCAGAGCGAAGCCGAUGCCUUGAGGCUGCUGCUGAUCGCUCCAGCAGCUGAUGGAAGCCCGAGGAGAGGUUGCGAAGACCCGAACUGCGCAGCGAUGAAAGGCGCCGCCGACUACAUGCUGACCCCGGACGCGUUUGCCCGCCAACCGAUUACCUACGGCGACAUGCUGCGGCUCAGGGCGCGAGAUCUGGACACUUCCCCUCACUCGUCUCCCCUCUCCGCCGAGGGAUGCUCGUUCUCAUUCUCGGGAGCACCAGCCUCGGCUUCUCGUCAUCAACAGGCCGGCAACGUGCGGUCGAAGAACUCGCUCGGAGCCCCCUCAAACUCGAGCACCAACGCCUCAUCGAUCCACGAUGGCCUCUCCCAGCUUCUCCAUGCUCCAAAGUUGAAUCGAGCGUUUUCUGAUGAAUUCCUGCGAUUGGGGAGGAAUCAGAGCCAGGAUGGAGAGCUGACGUCUAUCACCCAAGAGUGCGAACGGCUUCGCGGCGAGCUCUCGCGAGCCCGGCUGAGCAUCGACCGCCUCUCCCUUGAUAAUCGACAGCUGGACGACGCUCUUCAAGCCGAGCGACAAGCGCACGAAACCACCAGAAGCCAACUGCAGCUCCUCCAGGGCGAGCAGACGAUCCUG